UGUGCUAUUAUGGUAGUGCUACAGAUUGUUGAUUGAAUUAACUCGUUGUCACUGUUCGGGCAGCAGUUACUUUGAUACACUUCAGACAUCUUUUCUGGUAGAAUUUACUGAAGCAACUAUUACUUUGUAGUUACAGGUUAACAGCUUUUCAAGAAUCCUACAAGAUGGCUUCAACGAGUAAGCAACUCCUGCAAAAGAUCAGUAAGGGACAUCUUGAAUGCCAAAUCUGCAUGGAUCGUAUCAGGCAGCCCAAAAUGUUGGAGUGUUCUCAUUCAUUUUGUCUGGAAUGCCUCCGACAACUUGCACAGAAACUGAGGAUAACAUGUCCAGUGUGUCGUGGUCAAACUUCACUGACCGGAAAAGGGGUGUCUGGUCUGCGCACAGACUUCAAGAUGGCAUCUUUGUUAGAUGAAAUAAAACAGCACGAGACUGAGCUACAAAGUCAACAAAAACUUCAAACUGGUCAGGGGUACAUUUCUAAAUGUACUGACCAUACCGAUAAGGAUUUCAUACUGUUUUGUGACACAUGCGACAAAUUAAUAUGCAUAACUUGCAUUGGAGAAGUCCACAGAAUGCACAAACUUGCCGAACUGAGCUUGAUUUUAAAGAGACUCAAGCAGAAAGCUACUGAAAUAUUUGCAGUGGUAGAGCAACAUGAAAUUAAUUUUAACAUUGCCACACAAAACAUAGUUGAGUCUCAGAAGAAUUUAGACUCUAUGUUUGCUGACACCAAAGCAAAGAUCUCUAAGAAGGCUGACGAGGAGAUUGCCAAGGAGACUGCAAGGAUCAGAAAAGAGGAGCAGAAACUGAUGGAUAAAUUAGAUAAGAUUCACGAAGACAGAGCCGAGUACAUGGAAAAUGCAAAGGCAGCAAACAACAAAGAAAUGACCACAGCACAAAACACAAAAGAUGAAGUUACCCUACUCAUGGAUGGAGGAAGCAGCUGUGAAAAUCUGCUUCUCAUCAAAAAACUUUUACAAGACAUAAUGAAAUACACAGAGAUGCAACCAGCUAAAUUGCCCCAUGGGUUGAGUUACAUGGACUUUCAAUUCAAUUCAAUUCAAUUCAAUUCUUUUUAAAUCAAAUUGCAGGCCUGAUACUUCACGUAGGCAACAGAGGGGAUUGCCUCAGUACCCCCUGGUUAAUUUUGCCUUGGUGCCCUUAAAAUGCUCCAGUAGAAAUUACAAUUUUCUCAUUAGGGUGCCCUUUACCAAGGAGAAAAUGCCUUGGUGCCCUUGCCCUUUCAAAAACGAAGCAUAAUGUACAGGCCUGAAAUUGCUUUUCUUUUGGUGUGCAGGAAAACACAAACUUGAAAGGCAAGUUAUGACAAACUGGUUGAAAUCUGCACCAGGAAAGUUUUGUUUCCGUCCUGCUGCCAUUUUCACAAAACUCUGUAAGUCCAAAACUUUAUGCAACUGUGGAAGUCCAAAACAUUAUGUAACUGUGUAAGUCCACAAAAGCGCAAUAAUUACUGCUUAAAAUUUUAAAAUCACCUGCUAGCUCUCUAAGUUAAAUAUGGACAAAAUGAGUGAGAUUCAAGACAAAAUACAGGUGUCGUAUUAUAAUAUAAAUUCAUUUUUAAAAUUUGAAAGCUCACUGACUUAUUAUAAAGUUAAUAUCAAUGCUGUAAAAGUAAAGAAAGAAACAUUGAAGAUCCCGAAAUCAGAAAAUUGCUAAAACAAUGUAAGAUUGAAGAAAUACAAAAACAGGGCAAUCUCUCAUUGAACUUAAUUGUCUGCUGUAAGCUACAUCCUGUAUUUAAAACCAAAGUAUUUGUGAUUCAAACCUAAUACACAGGCGUAAUUUCCCGUCCGAAAGACAAAGCAAUAGUAAAGUAUCUUGCUCAGACUGGAACUCGAACCCAUACUCUGCUGAUCAGAAACACCAGAGAUUGAGUCCGGUGCUCUUACAUGCUUAAUAGUGGGCUAGAUAUAUGGUUGUGAAUGACAUUAUAAAUUGAAUCCUGAAUAAAGGAAGUGUACAUUAAAA